GUGAUGCUGAUGUGAAGUUAAUUUGCUGCUACCGAUUCGGGAGAAAGAAUGGAGAAAGCUCUUUCGGGAGAAAGUUCCGUUUUCUUCCGACUCCUUUAAAUUAAACUGUGUAAUCCUAAGAACACCAGGUCUUUCGGUUUGCAGACUUUUCUCCUCUCAAUACAUAAAACAGACAUAUUCUGAUAAUUUAUUUUAAUUAGAAUAAAAAACCCAAAGACCACUCAUGUAAAGUGUUAUACAUACAUACAUAUUCAUACAACAGAAGCAAAAGUAACAUGAACCAGCGUAAUGCAUAAAAAUCGGUCUCAAAUACAAUGUACAUAAGCUACUACACAGCAGCACGCGUGUGACUUACAUUAAACAGGAGAUCAGAUUAAAUGGUACAUUCCUCCAACCAAAUCCAGGGUUACAUAUUUAUGUAUAUUAAUAACAAUUAUCUUGAAAAAAUACAUACAUACGUUAACGUGCUACACAGCAGUUGAAGUAAAAUUAAACCAGACACACAAUACAAGCACUUGAAAAUCCACAUGAAAAGUAUUGCAUGUUCAAUGGCUUCGUAUUAACUAAAACAACUAAACGGUAGUUGUUUUAGUACGUUGUUAUUAUUAGGAGGAACACCAUGUCAUUUUCAUUUGAAGGAAAACGAAUCUUGGUGACGGGGGCUGGUCGUGGACUUGGUCGGGCAAUUGUGGAAAGCUUUGUGAAAUCUGGUGGCUCUGUUUUUGCCUUGGACAUUAAGCAAGAACUUCUCGACGAUGUAACCAAAUCUUUUCCCACCGUGGUCACAGCAGUGAUCGACUUAUCCAAGUGGGACGAGGUGAAAGAGAUUGUCCAGAAAUUAGGGCCCAUGGACCAUCUCGUCAACAAUGCUGGGGUUUUUAUUUAUGAACCAAUACUGGAAGCGACUGAGAGUGCUGUCGAUAAGGUUUUAAGCGUAAACUUCAAAGCGGUUCUUAACAUGUGCCAAAUUUUUGCAAAGAAUGUGAUUCAAAACGAAAUUAAGGGUGCAACCAUUGUGAAUGUUUCUUCACUGGCCGGACAACGACCAUAUCCGGUUGGAACUCAGCACUCGGGAACAAUUUACAGUUGCAGUAAAGCAGCCGUUGACAUGUUGACUAAAAACCUGGCCGUUGAAUUUGCACAAUAUGACAUUCGUGUCAACGGAAUUGCACCGGGACCAAUGAUCACGGGACUGAUGGAUAAUUUGCCACCAGAUGUUCGCCAAGGUUUGAAAACUUCUGCAAUCAAAGCACGUCAACUUGUUCCAGGUGUCGCCGAGUUGGAUGACGUCGCCUUCAUUGCGCUCUACUUAUCCAGCCCGGUUGCAAAAUUUAUUACGGGAAGUAUCAAUGUAGUUGAUGGUGGGGUGGGAACUGCGUAAAUUGAUUACUCGUGAUGCGUUGCACUGAGAAUUCUCAAAAUUAGCUUAAUCGCCGAGACAUGGUGGAAAUAAAAUGUAUCAUUACUCAUAGAUUUCAAGAAGUA